AUGGCCACAGUUGCGCAAAGUCAAUCGGGUGAGGAGCCCCCUUCAGGCAUUCAGGGAAAGGGCACAAUCGACGAGCCUUACGACCAAGGAAAUGCUCCAGAAAACAACAGCAAACCUGAGCCAGUACCGACAGUCGCAGAGCCUGAGAGCCAGAGCGACGCGUCAAAGCCCAUACCGAGCGCGGCUGCUACGAAUGGUGCAAAAACAACCGAAGAGCGUGGAAGAGAUGCUCUAAGGGCGCCGGCUAAGAAUCGGAUUGAGGAGCGCGACGUGAGCCCCGGCACUCUACCAGACGGUAGUCACGCCCAAACAAGCGGCGAACGAGGUGAAGGCUAUGAGCCUGGAAAGUUGAACAAGUUGAAGAGCAAGUUACCAUUUGGGAAGCACUAG